GUUUAGUUUGAUCUCUGCUAUGUUUCAAUGCUAAGUGAAUCUAUAUUUUAUUUAACUUCAAAAUAUAAUAUGUAAACAAAAUUCAUGCAGUGACUAAAAUUUAAGUGUUGUGUGUCAUAAAUCAAAAUUAAUUUCCUAAUUUUCUUAAGCAUCUGUUAUGUAAUGAAGAGUAGUUUGUAUUUAGGAUACUGUAGUUUUAAUAACACGAAUUAAAUUACUAAUUCUCUAUUGAUAUCACCUAGGGUUUUCUGAAUCUCAAAUGGUCUCGUUGGAAGAGAGUUUUGUUGACCCGGAUAAUUGCAAUUUUCCCCACCCUCUUCAUUGCAGUGUACAAAGACAUUCAAGAUCUGAGUGGGAUGAAUGAUCUGUUAAAUGCCCUCAUGUCAAUGCAACUUCCAUUUGCUCUUUUGCCUACUUUAAUUUUCACAUCUUCUAGAAGUGUGAUGGGGGACUUUCAAAAUGGAAUUUUGAGCAAAAUUGUUAUCAGUCUGUUGGGAGUACUUGUAAUAGGGAUUAACCUUUACUUUGUUGAUACAUUUGCUCGUGACAAUCUGCCAGAUCACUGGGCUGUGUACUUCGGCUUGGCUCUAUAUAUACUAUUUUACGUAUGUUUUGUAUUAUAUUUGGCAAUGUGUCUUAUGUAUGUUUUGGGUCUUUCUCAAGUUGCGCAUGUACCUGUGAUUGGACGAUAUGUAAUUGAACCAUAUGAUUUACACUUGACUUCAUUGGAUAGCCCAGGCCCUGAAAUGUAUAAAUCAACUGAUAAUAAUGAAAUAUCUUCCAUAAAUAUGCAUUAUCGUCAUGAUGUUCAGUGACUUGCAUGACAAAAUUUGAUUGUAUAAGCAUUGCAUGACUCUGCAUGAAGCUAUAUUUUAGCUCUAUAUUUACAGUUUUUUUAUGAGUCUGUUGCGCUUUUUGUCUUGUGAACAUAUAAUUCUAAAACAAUUUUAAAAAUGCAAAAGAAAUUCUCCAGUGAUGUUUCCUUCCUUCUUAAAUAGAAUUAUAUUGUUCUGUGUCAUUUUUGCAUGUGUAUAAGAUUAGAAACUUGUUAUCAUAGUUCUUCCUUUCUUGCAUGGAAAUGAAAAUUCAUUGCUUUGUUAUUUUUUGGUGUUUUAAGAUAUUUUAGUGCUAUUAAAUUUUCACCAUAUGUUAAAUAAGCAUCUUUACCAGUUAAUUUAUGGAAGCAUAACUGUAUGUUUUAAACUUAAAAAUUUUUUAAUAAAUCAAAAUCAGUAUUUAAUUUUUAUCAAUGAGUAUUAUAAAUAUAUGUAGUUAAACACAUUUGAAGUAUUUAAAAUUAUUUUUUUACUGUCUUUAUAUUUUUGUGUGUGGGGACAAAGACUGAGAUACUGUAAAGUAAACUAAAAGUUUCCAACUACUUUUACAUUUCAAGUUGAAAGCAAAUUUUCCAUUUGUCAUUGUUUUUGUCGUAUCAGUUUUCAAUGUUUGAAGUCACUGCCUUUAAAAUAUGAAAUUACUUUAAUGUUAAAUAAUUUUGAAUAAUGUAUUGAUUUUUAUUACAAUUUAUCAAAAGAGAUAUAGUACAGAUAUAUUUAUCUAAUAUCAUUUAUCUCCAAAAAUAAUGUAAAUAUUAAAAAAAAUAAUAAUAAAGCUCUUAUUUUAUGUCAUGAGAAUUAAUAAGAAAUUAAAAUGUAACUUAACGUUCAUAGAAUUAUAACACGGGAAGCAUUCUUGCUAUAUAGGAUAGGUAAAUAUAAAGUUGCUAUGUCAAUGAUCAGGAUUUAAUUGAUAAUACAAAUCGUUUUCUUUAAAUUUUGUAUUUUAUUCUCUUAACAUGAAUGAUUAUGUAUAGAUUUAUUCUUAAAAUAUGUUUAUGGAGCAUAUCUUAUUUGUUUAAUAGUUUAUUUUAUAAUUUAUAUGUAAAAAAUUUUUUUUUAAAUGAUAAAAAAAUGAAAGGGAAGGGUUUAUAUUGAUGAGUAUAAAUGACAAUACUAAGUGAUUAAAUCUUUGGUACAUUUAAUGCUAUUGCAUAUUAGUUCUCCAAAUAUCUUUUAUAUUAUUCUUCACAUUCAGGUAGUGAAAACUUUGUUUUAAUUAAUGUAGUGUAAUAUUAUUUCUUUGGUUAUUAUUUACUUCUAAAGUCUUCCUUAGUCUUCAUGCUGUAUUCAUCAAUUCUUGCUGUGAUCUGAGAUUGAUAAAUCGAACAAAUGUGUUCUGUAUUGUAAUAUAUGUACAUAACUAAUGCUUAUAAUUUAUAAUUUUAAAUCAUGUUCAAAAUUUUAUUUAAAUGUAAUUUUUCAUUGCCUAAAGAUUUUAUUCAAUAUUCAAUAAAUUUAGUUUUCUUAUUUUA